UAACGCCACGUACUAGGCGUGACAUAUAACUUGCCUUUGGUGCAAACACUUGCAACAUACCACUUCCUUUUCUCUGUUUAAAUGGUGAAGUUCCAGUCAAUCUCUUUCUUUUUGAUGGUUCUCACGUUCAGGAUGAAUCGGGCAUUUCUGCUCCUCAUUCAUUUGUUAUCAUUCAACAUCUUUGCAGAUUCAUCUGACGUCAGUAACGUACAAGUGUUCAGAGGACAAUCCAUCACUUUCUCCUGCAACAAAUCCACUGGAAAACUAUUUCAAGUGGACUGGAACAACAGCAGAUAUAUGUAUGCUCAUGACACUGAACGAAAUGAUACUACUUCAAAUUUUACUCAUCAUAGAUUUAACAUAGACACAAACUUUUCAAACUCAACAUUGACCAUAAUUAAAGCUGAAGAUGAAGAUGCUGGACUCUACAGCUGUACUUUAAGUGGCAAAAGAGGUACAGAGGUUUUUACAUGGAAUUUAACUGUGACUGAGAAUCCCAAAGGUAAAGAACUCAGUGGAUCGUGGCAUUUGUACAUAUUACCCCCUUUAAGUGGAUUGCUUCUUCUUGGCUUCUCUUUGUUCAUCUGUCUCUGCCUAGAACUUAAGAAUAGGUCGUCAAACCAGGAAUCAGUACAAAACAGGAUGCUGUGUCCUGAUAAACAAUCUACCUAUACAGAGGUAGAGGUGGUGGUUCUCCAAUAAAUGGAGGUCACACUAAAUACUGACUUUGCCAACAGAAGCUGUUUAGUUGAGUGUGUUUCAAUACUGUGCACAUAUUUCUUGCAUAUUUCUUGAUAGAAAUAAAGACCCACUCCCAUUGCAACCCUGCAAAUCAACAAAGCCACAGUCUGCCUAACACUUUUGUUCUGUACUGUGUAUCGUUGUUGUGGCUGGUUAUUUCCACUCACAUGUAGCCAACAUGAUGUGACCACAGAAAAUGGGAAUUACCUAGUAGACUUCUAAUAAUUGAUUGUCUGUACCAGGGUGAUAAAUAUCGAUUGAUUAAUGUUUACAUAGCUCCUGAUGCAUGGGAAAAAAAACUAAACUAUUUAGAAGGCUCAGAGAAUUGUUGAUGGUAGGUCAUAAAGUCAAUUUUAAGAGGAGAUUUUAAUACAGUCACAGCAGAAACUGAUGCAGUACUGUACCGUUUCACCUGGCAACUGAAGGCAAACACCUAAAACACAUUUGUGAAGAAGCUAAACUGACAGAUAUCUGCCGAUCAGUCAAAACAUCUGGGCUCAAAUUCACUAGAUUCGAUUCCAAAUCUAAAACCCGCAUUGAUAGGAUCUAUGUAUCUUCUCACGUUAAAGUGAUACAGUAUUCAACAAUACUGAAUAACUUUACUGAUCAUUUUGUGGCAACUCGAGCAGGUUAUGGCAAAAGAAAAAUAAAGAUAAUCUUGCGGAAGUGAGAAGGAGCUUAAUUGUGUAGACAAUUUAAUGCCUUGUUAUAACUUCAAAACAGAAGUGAAGUUAUAGAUCUAGAAGUGGUGUUAAAAAUAAAACAAAACCCUUCUAAGUAAUACCCAGCUGGUAUUUCUGAUUUAUUUUGCCUGUUGCCUGGUUUUGUGACUCUAGUAUCUUGGCUGUAUAAGUAUGGUACUAGUACAUUGAGUGAAAUAAUUGAUUCACCGAAAAACUGGUGGCUUGUUGAAACUCCAAAUCAGAGACGGAGUUAAAAAGGUCUAAUUGUGAUAAAAAUUUUAAUUGAUACACAUGUUAUUGUAGUCGUUAAAGAGCUCUGUUGUUGUUGUUGUGCCAUGGCUGUGAUAAAUGUUUGCAUUACAUGUUUUGUGGCUUUGGUGUUCUUGUUGUGUGAGCAAAAUAUCGGUACAUUUGGAGUUUGGGCGUUGGCUCAACGCGGAUGGAUGCACAUUUCAGAGUUGCCUGAGUGAUGCAUGAGGUUUGAUCUCACUAUGACAAUAGUGAUGAUGUGUGAGUGAAGUGAACUGAUCAGGGGUUUUCUUCAACUGAGCUUGGAAGAGUUGUAUAGCAGAAGGCCGUCUGAAGAGGCAGGGUGUUCUGCUGAGUUCCUUCCUUUUGGGGUGUGGAGAUGUAAAGUGAAAACUGUAGUGUAAGACUGCAGGGGAGACACAGACCCAACCCCUUUAGUCUGGCCAAGUAAGGUGUAAAGAGUUUGGAGAAAACAGAGAAAUGAGUGAAAUAAUCAAAGAAAGGGGUUAAAGAGGAAAAAAAUGAAUCAAGGUUGAUUGAUUUAAGUACACUUAUUAUUUGAUAAAGCAGAAAUAUGCAAAUAAGAUAAAGCAAAGACAAACAUUUGAGUCUAAAUUCUGUUGUUCAGAUGUAAAGGCACUGAAAGGCCUAAAUGAUUACAUUGCUCUAUAAUUUCUUAGAAAAUAUCUGCUUCAGACAUUAAACGUGCAAAAUCGUACAUACAUAAAUGAGAUGAAUCAGAAAACAAAUGACCAGUGACCAUAUACAAUGACCAUAUACAAUGCUGUAUAUGAUUGUUGUUGUUGUCGUCCCUGUAUUAGGAGUCUCAUCCUCCGUUGGAUCGACGUUACCACCAUCAAAGUGAUGCCCUAUCAGGGGGUGUGGUUCAAUGAUUAUGCCCCUACUAAUACAAAACUGAUCUCAUUGGUACUGAAGUGAAAGCAUUAUGAUGCAUAUUAUGAAAAUCUCGCUGAAGAAUAAUAUGUUAAUGCUAAAGUGGAAAUACACAGUAUCACAUGAUGUUUUCUCUUGCUGAAGCUGCCAUUUUAUUAACUUUAAGCUUGCAACAGGUAUAUGUGAUAUAUUCUCAUAUAUUCAUGAUAAGCUUGUUUUGUUGAAGUCAAUCAUACUCAUUGAAUGUCAGUGUGAUAAUCCACUGGUAUGGGUAGAUCAAUGUUUUAUAGGUGAAGAUUUGCAUUGUUGAUUGCUCAUACUUCAUGAGUCCUUUUAAUUCAUUUUAUCAUAAACAUUUGUAAUCGUUUUUUUUUUGUUUGUUUGUUUUUUUUUGGUUUUUUUUUCCUUUCUCUUCUUCUUUUCUUCAAUUUAUUGUCAUUUAUUACUUUUGCAUUGAUUAUAAUUUUGUUUCAUUUAUUAUUUUUAUUUUUAUUUAUUCAUAAAUUUUUUCUGGAAUCUCUUGAUUUGAAAGUAUAUUUACUGAAUACAGUCUAAACAGGGGGGAUAUGUUAGAAAAAUUAGGCUAUUAGACUAUAUCCUGUAAAUACCAGGUGUCCAGAGCACGAGUCAUGGAUGGGUUAUGAUGACAUUUUGCAAGAAUGCCCGGACAUAUCCACUCAGGAUAUGUCUACCAUUUCUUUGCUAUCUGUUUGUUUUGUUCCAGUUUGGGACCAAAGCAUACUUGUUGUCCUUCCAGUUUGGGACCAGAGCAGGCUGCUGCCCUUGAGGAGAUCAGGCCACGGGGCAGGUGGGGGAAGAGUACAGACGU